CCAAUGGUGUGGGCUACUUCAUGACAUCCUCUAGGUUGAACUGUACCCUUCGUUCUCUCUGAAAUCUUCCAUCUCUAGUAUAGCGAUUACUACUAUCCACUAUCGAGCGAGUGAUAAUCAUAUGGAGUAGUAUAUACCUAGAAGCGAAGCCUUCCUUGUUCUCCGUCGAUUUUCGACUCUCACUCUCUCAUUUCUGUGCUCCCCUACAUUUCGCUGUAAGAUAUAUAUAUUCAGACCACUGGUGUUUCCUAUUCCUAGUAAGAGAUUGAUUUGUUAUAAAAGCUGCAAUCUUUGUUUAUGUGCGUGAAUGUCUAGGGUUUCGAUUACAACCAAUCAUGCUUAAUCUGAUCAAAUCGGAAAAGAAAGCAGAUCAGAAUCCAAAGCAAACUCAAAGCGGGAAGGACUCAGAUGAAGCCGAGGAGGAGCCACCCUCGAAUAAUCUGUGGGUCGGAAACUUGUCCAGUGAUGUCACUGAUUCCGAUUUGGUGAACUUGUUUGGAAAACACGGUGCGCUCGAUACUGUAACAUCGUAUGCAUCAAGGUGUUAUGGGUUCAUUUACUUCGAACGUGCGGAGGAUGCAAAGGCGGCCAAAAACGCUCUCCAAGGGACCUUUUUUCAUGGGAAUCAAAUUAAGAUUGAGUUUUCAAGACCGGCUAAACCGUGCAAGGGUUUGUGGGUGAGUGGAAUCAACGCAUCUUUUUCAAAAGAUAAAUUGGAGGAGGAAUUUCUCAAAUUUGGUAAAAUUGAGGAAUUCAAGUUCCUUAGGGAGAGGAAUGCUGCUUUGGUUGACUUUUUCAAAUUAGAAGAUGCUUCUCAAGCAUUGAAAAGUAUGAAUGGGAAGAGAAUAGGGGGUGUCCAAGUACGAGUGGAUUUCCUCAGAUCACAACCUCUAAAAAGACAGGAACAACGCUCUGUUUCAAGGGAUGGACAGUUUCUGGGCAGGAGCAUGGGCCCUUUUGAUUCACCAUGGAUGCUGCAAGAUUUCAAUAUAAACUACUCUGAACCUUCUUAUUCUGAUUCUAAAAUACAACAGCAUUCUAAAUCUUUGGGAGGGCAAAAAGAGGAUGGACAACUAAGUAAUGUCUUGUGGAUAGGUUAUCCGCCUUCUGUUCAUAUUGAUGAACAGAUGCUCCACAAUGCAAUGAUUUUAUUUGGUGAGAUCGACAGAAUUAGAAGUUUCCAUUCAAUGCACUUCUGUUUGGUUGAAUUUAGAAGUGUAGAUGAAGCACGGCGUGCCAAAGAGGGAUUGCAGGGCCGGCUUUUUAAUGAUCCCAGAAUAACAAUAAUGUUUUCAAGCAGUGAACAUGUGCCUGGCAGAGAUUUUUUAGGAUUUAAUCCAGGAAUAAAAGGUCCAAGUCCAGAUAUGUUUUUGAAUGAACUUCCAUUUCGGCCUGCACAAAUGGACAUAGUUGGUCAUAAUUGCCCAAUAGUUCCAAAUAAUUUUCCUGUACCUUUAUCACUUGGUGGAAUUGUUGGACAGAAUAUGCCAACUAGGCCUUUUAGCCCUCAAGGUAGCUUUAAACCUCUACUUUCAGGCUCAGAAUUUAAUGAUUUGACUGCUAUGCAUAAAUUACCAGACACUAAUCCCAACACUUUGACGGGCGGUCCAAGUUGGAGUAAGUCAUCUCCUGUACCUGGAAUGCUCCCUUCUUCACCAGUCUUGAAGCCUCCCUUCAGACCCAUGUCUCGUGCAUUGGAUGUAUUUGAAGCAAACCAAAUUCAGAGAGAAUCUAAACGAUUAAGGAUCGAUGGUGCUUUGCCUGCUUAUGAUACUUCUUUUCCUUUGAAAAAAUUGGGUGAUCAAGGGUUGGAUUUGGACAAAUUAUACAGGCUUGGUCCACAAGUUGAUGGAGGUGCUUCAGGUCCACUUGCGAUAGUUGGAGGGAAGCAUUGUCUUGGUCCAAUGGGUGCAAGAUUCUCAUCUGCCGUAACUAGCCAGAGCCAUCCUGAUCCUGAUUACAUAUGGCGUGGCGUUAUUGCUAAGGCUGGAACACCCAUUUGUUAUGCUCGUUGUAUUCCUAUUGGGAAAGCAUUGGAGACUGAGAUUCCUGAGGUGGUUAAUUGCUCUGCCAGAACUGGGUUGGACAUGUUAAUGAAGCACUUUGCUGAGGCUGUUGGAUUUAAGAUUUUCUUCUUUUUGCCAGAUACGGAGGAUGAUUUUGCUGCUUAUACAGAAUUUCUUUCCUACCUUGGUGCCAAAAACCGGGCUGGGGUUGCCAAAUUUGAUGAUGGGACUACUUUAUUUUUGGUGCCUCCUUCAGAUUUCCUUACGAAAAUUUUGAAUGUCACAGGCCCUGAACGACUUUAUGGGGUUGUUCUGGAGUUCCCCCAACAUGCUCGUGGCAGCACAUCGAUGCAGUCACAUUCACAGUUAAUUCAGCCUCAGUACAUUGAUAGACGGCAGAUUCCUUCUUCUCAAACCAAGUACGAUGUGGUGCCCGCAAAGGUGGAGAAAGUUUCACAAAUGGAUUAUAAUAGCGUUUUACGUGAGGACUCAAUGAUUCCUCCAAAGAAUCUUGUUCAUGCAGCGAGUAAUUCCCUAUCCGUGCAGCCAGUUACGCGAGUUAAUACUGCAGCAGUAUCACGAGCUGGAGUAACUUUAACACCUGAGCUCAUCGCAACACUAGCUUCUUUACUACCUGGAAAACAAAAUUCUUCUGAUUUAGGAAGUGCUCAUCCUGCACUAGGAACUUCCUCCUUGAGACCCUCAUUACCUCCUAAUGUUGCACGGUCUGUUAAAACAAUCUUGCCACAGGGUCGUGAUCAUCAAGCUUCUGAGCAGACUGGUCAUUUAUUUCAACAAUUGGGUUCUCAGAUUAAUUCCCAGGCACAACUUCCUCCUUUGCUUCAGAGUUACCCAGCCGUCACAAAUGCAGCUAGCCAUUCUGCACUAGGGGUUACUAGCAGCUCCAAAAUUCAAGAUCUUGCUCUUGAUCUGCCACAGCAAGCUGCAGUUUCUUCUAGGCCAUCAACUAACUUUGCUAUCCCUUUUCAGAGUGGGCAGCUUGCAGCUUCUUCACAGGUCAACCUGCAGUAUCAAUUUAAAGUUCCUCAGAACUCUCAGAAGGGUUAUGGGAUAGCUCAUGGAACAGAUGGUUUUGAUUUGUAUAAUUUGUCAGUCUAUCAGCAAUCUAUAAACUCUGUUGCAUCGUCUAAUCAGGUCCAUGGUGCUAAUGUUUCACGGCGAGAUAAUGCCGUGCCCCCAGCUACUGAAAAAGAGAUAUUGGAGCUUCCGAAUCAGGCUCAACAGCAUCAGUCUGUGCUUUAUGGAUCUGGUCAGGGGACAUUGGAUGCGGAGGGUGAUAAGAAUCAGAGGUACCAGUCAACACUACAAUUGGCAGCCAACCUUCUCCUUCAGUUACAACAGCAGCAGCCGCAACAACAACAAUAACAACAGCAGGAGCAGCAGCAGCAGCUAAAAAGUACUCAAGCAGGGCCUGAGAAUCAUUGAUGAGCUUUCCUUUAAUAGGUAAUUACAUACUUAAUCCAUGGUUCUUUUCUAAGUAGAUGAGUUCUUCAGGAAGUAUUUCUGUUAAAAUGUGGUUAGUUAAUUGUAAUUUUGCUGACAUGUUUUAUCUUGUUCUUCUGUAAAUCUAUCGUGUUUGUGUGGUUUGUCUGGUAUUUAGAAAACUUUGAAAAAGAUGCAGGAUGUUUGAAUUACAUUGGGCAUUUAGAACUAGCCUCCCUUUAGAACGUUAUUUGGAACUUAUGGAAAAUUGAACUAUUGUGGGUUCUUGAAGUUUUUGGUUAUUGUGAGGUGCUGAGGACGGAAUGAUUAGUCUAUGUAUUUCUUAGUAGAAGCUUAUCUUGUGGAAGUAUUUUUUGUGGCAUGGAAGGUCCAGUCUUUUGGUUUCAGUGAUUAGCUAUGGGGAUUAAAAAAUUGGCUGAAAGAAAGAAAUCGAAGGGUGUCUACUUGUUUAAACAUAUUUUCUUGGAGUUAUAAUAUGAUCUAUUAUUGGGGGCUCGGUUUUGGAUUGCAGUCCUCUAGAAGAAUGAAAUCUCAUGUCGAGCUUUCUGGUCCCUCUGUCAUACAUGUUCUUUUGCUCAGACAAUAAUGAGUACAUCUAUUGAAAUUCAUGCUUGUGCUGUUGUAGCCUCUUAUUCUAGAAGUUUACUUUUUGCCAUCCUUGGUGUUGGAAUUAGUUUCAUUUACAGAGCAGUUGUUUAUAAGCUGAAGGAAACAUGUUUGUAUAGAUGGCAUGUAGAGAUAGUUUUCUAACUUGUAUGUAUCCGUGGCUCGUGGUGCAAGAAAUGUAUGGAAAGAAAUGGUGAUGAAAGUCAGAAUUUUAAUAGAUUCAGGACAAAAGGGUAUAAUUCACUUCUGUUUUUUUUUUUUUUUUUUUUGGCUUCAUUUGCUUGUUAUUGCAAGUUCCUAGAUGGUCACUACAUUCAGAUUAUGUGUCAGUCGUCUGCACUCCGAUUGUUGAUACAUUGACUAGGAUUACAUGUUAUAAUGUCAGAACUCAGAAGUAAAUGUGAAAUGAAAACAAUUUAUGGAGUAUCAUUGAUUUAAUAUCUGUUGAAAUUUGGAAAGAAAUUCUAUGUUAAAUACUUGGGCACUUGGCCAUUAAAAUUUAUUUAAUAGCCUAUACAAAGGGAAAAGUAAUAGUGUGCACUUUGAAUUCUAGAGAGAGAUAGAGAUUGAAGCAAAGUUUUGUCCCUCCUCCUUUACUUAUUGUAACAAAAUAACUAGCUCAACUCAACUCCACAAAGCCUUUCCGAACUACCUAGGGUUGGCUACAUGAGAGUUUAAUCCUUUUGGUUCUAAGGCGAUAACUCAGUUAAACCACAUUUUAUCAUAUCUCUCUUUACUAACUCUACCCAUGUUAAAUUUGGUCUUCUCCUUCCUCUUGCAUUACCCUCAAUGUGGCCCAUGCCACUCUUCCUAAGUGGCGUAUUUAGUGGUCAUAUUUGCACAUGUUCAAAUCAACUUAAUGAUUUUCUUCAUUUUAUUUUCAAUUGAGGCUAUUUAAACCAUCUCAAGAAUGUAUUCAUUUCUAAUUACUUCGUUUCUCAACUUGUAGCAGCUAUUUCUCUCUCUCUCUCUCUCUCUCUCUCUCUCCUCAUUCUCUCUCGUCUUUGUGUGCUUUAAUGUUUGUUGUUGGAGGAUGUGCUGGAUGUAUCUGUAUUCAUGGUUUAAAAUUUGUGUUGUGAUAAAAUGUUGACGACACCAUUUGGUAGGCUAGAGGGCUAAUGUUGGAGGAACAGGACAUGACUGGUCUGUUGAUAAUUCAGUGCUGUUCAAUAAUCAAUUUGGUAUUUUUGAGGACUGAGUAUCCCUCUUUUGAUGAAACCCUAGGAAUAUUUGUUGUAAGGUUGAAGGCUUGUUAUGAGAUUUUGUGGACUAAUAAGAAAAUGAUAUAUUACUGGAUUUCUGAUUCUUAUUGCAAAAAUGGAACUUUGAAGAGAUUAGUCUUGGUACCUUCCAAUGUCAAUUACAUGUCAAUAUUGAUGGAAGAAAAUGUUGGAGGAACAGAGGACAUGACUGGUCUGUUUAUAAUUCAGUGCUGUUUAAUCUGGUAUUUUGAGGUCUGAGUAUCUCUCAAGUAUCCCUCUUUUGAUGAAACCCUAGGAAUAUUUUUUGUAGGGUUGAAGGCUUGUUAUGAGAUUUUGUGUGGACUAAGAAGAAAAUGAUAUCUGGCUGGAUGUGCGAUUCUUAGUGCAAAAAUGGAACUUUGAAGAGAUUAGUCUUGGUACCUUACAAUGCCAGUUACAUUUCGAUAUUGACGGAACCUCUUUUGGUAAUAUUUGAGAUGAGGGUAUAUAGAAUUGUAUGAAUCUGAUAGUUAUUAAGAUUAAAAUGAACAAAUUGAUGGAGUAGUGGUUGCAGCCAGCUGUUCGGUACAGUUGUUUUGUUGGAGUUGUUGGAGAUUGUAAAAGAUCAAUCAGAUUUUGUAGCAUGUUGAUUCUACAAUUUAGAUAGACCUUUUUCUUAUAUUCGCCGUUGCAGAUGAUACUAGUGUUGAUGGUUAAAUCUUGUCUGGACUACUAUUUUUUUGUUUGCUUUGUCUUUGUAAGUUUCAUUAAUGGUGUCCGUUUGUGUUUGAAUGCUGUUGACUGUUUUUGGUUGUUGAAACUUGACCAUUUUUGUUAAUAAUGCCUCCGCAACUUCAUUGUCUUUUUCCAAUCCUUUCUUCUAUUAAAAUGCUUUAUCAUGCAGUUAUGGGUUAGUUAAAUAGUGUAACUUCUAAUCUACUUGUGUAUAUAGUUUGCCUAUGCAAAUUGAUCCAAUGAUUGAUUGAUUGGUGAUUGAUGCUUUUGUAUUACUAGUAGUAUAUUCUGCUUUUAAAAUGUUUUAUAUAUAUGCUGGUGCAUACCAUAGGAAGAUUUUAAUGCUCAUCUCUCUGUUUACCUCUUGCCACUGACAUGCCUUUACAGUGCUAUAAUUAGAAAAACCGUGUAUCCUUUUUUCAUGUACUUUGAAGCAUUAUCUUAUUGUCAUUUAUUUGCUCAUCUAUUACCUAGCUUUAGUUUAGCUUUCAUUUGACCUUAUCAAAUUGUACCUGUGAAUUGUAAUUGUCUUUUAUAAGAUCUCUUUUACAAAAUUAUUUCUUAAA